CUGGUUUUAACACUGUGUCUCAUGGUUUUAGGGACUUUGGCUGGGGUGAUCGAUCUGGCUGUCGACUGGAUGACAGACCUGAAGGAGGGGGUCUGUUUGGCCGGAUUCUGGUUCAGUCAUGAACAGUGCUGUUGGACAUCCAAUGAGACGACCUUUGAGGAUAGGGACAAAUGUCCUCAGUGGAAAUCAUGGUCGGAGCUUUUGGCCGGCCAGCCAGAGGGUGCCAGUGCAUAUAUCCUGAACUACCUGAUAUAUGUUCUUUGGGCUUUGAUCUUCGCAUUCCUGGGAGUGUCACUGGUCAAAAUGUUUGCCCCCUAUGCAUGUGGCUCUGGAAUUCCUGAGAUCAAGACCAUCCUGAGUGGCUUCAUUAUCAGAGGCUAUCUGGGCAAAUGGACCUUACUGAUUAAAACAGUAACGCUGGUUUUGGCUGUAUCUUCGGGACUAAGCCUGGGGAAGGAAGGGCCGUUGGUCCAUGUAGCGUGUUGCUGUGGCAACCUGUUCUGCUGCUUGUUUUCCAAGUACAGUAAGAAUGAAGGGAAGAGGAGAGAGGUGCUGUCAGCUGCUGCUGCUGCCGGGGUCUCUGUAGCAUUCGGUGCUCCCAUCGGCGGCGUACUGUUCAGUUUGGAAGAGGUCAGUUACUACUUCCCAUUGAAGACACUGUGGAGGUCAUUCUUUGCAGCUUUGGUGGCUGCUUUCACACUGCGCUCCAUCAACCCGUUUGGGAACAGCCGGCUGGUGCUGUUUUACGUGGAGUACCACACUCCCUGGUACAUGGCUGAGCUGGUGCCCUUCAUCCUCCUGGGGGUAUUCGGCGGCCUGUGGGGAACGCUGUUCAUCCGGGGCAACAUCGCCUGGUGUCGGAAGCGCAAGAACACGAGGCUGGGAAGGUAUCCGGUGCUGGAGGUGAUCCUGGUGACCGCCAUCACGGCCAUCUUUGCCUUUCCGAAUCAGUACACCAGGCAGAGUACCAGUGAGCUCAUCUCAGAGCUCUUCAAUGACUGCGGUGCACUCGAAUCCUCACAGCUCUGUGACUACAUCAAUGACCCCAACAUGACUCGGCCGGUGGACGACAUUCCAGACAGGCCAGCCGGGCCUGGGGUCUACGCCGCCAUAUGGCAGCUAGCUCUCGCACUGGUCUUCAAAAUUGUCAUCACCAUAUUUACUUUUGGCAUGAAGAUCCCGUCAGGGCUGUUUAUUCCGAGCAUGGCUGUCGGGGCCAUAGCUGGCAGAAUGGUUGGUAUUGGUGUGGAGCAGAUGGCCUAUCACCACCAUGACUGGUUCAUCUUCAGGAGCUGGUGCAGGCCUGGUGCUGACUGUGUCACCCCAGGCCUCUAUGCUAUGGUCGGUGCUGCUGCAUGCCUUGGUGAGUCAUUCCCAAUUUGCCAUUGACCAGUGACACUCUCUUCAGCAAAGCCAACCAUCUGUGGACUUACAUCUGACUUUAACAUUGUGUAUUUUAGAAUCUCUUGUUAGCAUUCUGAAUCUUGACCUGUUCUAAAUGUGUGGCGCCUUUGAGUUGACAGGAAACACUUUGCAACUAUAGCAACGUCUUCAUUCAGGCAAAUAAAUACAGGAGCUUGCCUAAUGGAAUGUCGAUUGGUCAAGUCAGAAGGUUGUCGGUUCAAGUCCCUACUCUAGAUACUUGAGCUCAAGUAAUCCAGGCAAACAUUCUCCACACAAUUCAGAGGGAACAGUAUAAUAUCUGAAGUGCU